CCAGGAAAUGCAUCGUCCCGGUCGGCUAACCGGAACCCCCGUCGGGGCGCCGGCACUCCUCGUAGUUUUUUACCUGGUAUUAGCACGACUGGCUUCAGUCUUCGGCGCGACUCAGCACCACGCGCAUAUUCUCGACAGACGUGAGUUCGCAGUAUCUACUUACGAUUUUCGAGUUGGCCUGAAGGCGUGUGAAAACGGUCGGAGGUGCUUCCCCAGGUCGCGGGACCGCGUGAAUAGAAAGCACUGGUACCCACACCAGAAACGACGCGACGUGACCUCAACGAUGAUACUGCGCCACUCGCGAGCAUGGGAAACGCCUAAGCGGUCCCAAAAUCGAGUCCUCCGUGUAUAGUUACUCGACCGGAUUUGUAGGGCCCCGAGUUCUUACCGGCUCGGAUUAGGCCCACGCUAGCCGCUCGCGUCGUCUGACCCGAAGUGAAACUGAAUCGCUUCGGGCCCCGCAGUUUCGAAUGUGCGCGUCUGGCCCGCGUCUGGCUUAAUAAAAUUCGGCGCACUUGGUCGAGGAUUGUAUUGUUGGAUCUUGUUGUGGUGCGUGGACGAUUUUUACGCCCAAGAAAACGAAAUACUACACCUGUAAUAAUACGGAGAAAAUAUAUAACGAGGCGAGGAAACGCGAGGAGUAUUAUAGUGCCUAAUGACGAGACCUCGGAGCACCGAAUCGAUAAUAAUAAUAACUAUAAUCGUCAUUUUCGCACACUCGUUUAGCAGCGCUGUCUACGUCUCGAUGCAGCCUGCCUCGCUGACGGACGGGAAUUCGGGCCCGCAAAAACCGAAGACUUUGGCUGCCUGUAAUUAUGACAGUGACUGCGUUGAGAAUGCUUACUGCCAGUCACAGGAGACCUGCAAAUGCAAGGAGGGUUUCUUCGUUGACAGGAACAGAACUCACGCACAAUGUUUGGCGAGUAUCGGCGAGAUCUGCCAAGUGACGGAUAACUGUCACGUCGAGGGUUCACCGAGCUAUUGUGAGACCGGGUUCUGCACCUGUCCGUUACAGCAUCAUCCGAACGAAAACGGAACCCGGUGUAUAAAGAGUUCGAAUCUGGGGGAUGAAUGCUCUGGCGACGAGGAAUGCGUGACGACGAACUCCAAGUGUUACGACAUCUGUCGGUGUCGGGUUGACCACGUAAUAUCGGGGGAUCAAAAGCGGUGUUUGAAGGUUGCGAACACCGUCGGCGAACCCUGCGAGGAAGACUCUCAGUGUCAGGAGUACGUGAGCCACUCGGGAUGCAGAGAGGGCAGUUGUGCCUGUAAAACCAACUACCAUCAGCGUGGACCGAUCUGCGUGAAGAGCGUCGUGCUGAGUGGGUCUUGCACGAGUCAUCAACAGUGCGUUACGCGGACUUACAAGAAUUCGAAUUCGUCGGAGGUAACCAGCGUCGAUUGCAUCGAUGGAAUCUGUACUUGCGCAAACAAUUACAUGACCACCGAGGAUUCUCUCGACUGUGUCCAAUAUAGUGAAAACGGUGCAACUAUUGUCAACUUUACGACGGAGCUUCUUUUCGUUUUAUCGAUAUUCCCAAUUCUCCCCACGUUGUUUCGGGAAAGAUUUUGUUUUAAAACAUAAAUUAUAGACCCAUUUAAGGUGCAGAUAAUUGUUCGUUAUCUACUCCGACUCGUCGUCGCUUAUACAUAUAUAUGUUAUGGUAAUAGACCGGAAUUUUGAAUCUUAAACCCCCAAAGGAUGAAUCCGUGCUAAUCAUCUCCGUACGCAUGUAGUGUUUGGAUUAUUUACCAGUACAAAUUCAUCGCAUCCAAAGUGAAUUAGUUGUAUGAUUAUUAUUUAUUCAAUUUUGUCAUUUAUUUUUUUGUCGUUUCUUCUAUAUAGAGAAUUGUAAAUAGAAUAUACUCGUAUUGCAAGUGACAAUAAUGAUGAAAAAAUAUAUCUAUUAUAGUUACUGUUA